CGCACCGAGUGCCUGCAGCUCCGAGGACCGAAGAGGCAGGUAAAGCCGCCGAAGCGGACAGGUGGCGGGGGCCGAGAAGCUGCCGGGAGUUCGCGCCUUGCAGGACAUGACACAAGUGGCACAUCCCGGACAUGGGGUCCCAGCAUUCCGCCUCUGCUCGCCCCUCUUCCUGCAGGCGAAAGAAAGAUGACAGGGAGGAUUUUCUGGCUGAACGGGAGCAGGAAGAAGCCAUCGCUCAGUUUCCGUAUGUGGAGUUCACUGGUCGAGAUAGCAUCACCUGUCUCACGUGCCAAGGGACCGGCUACAUUCCAACAGAGCAAGUAAAUGAAUUGGUGGCUUUGAUCCCACACAGUGAUCAGAGGUUGCGCCCUCAGAGAACUAAGCAAUAUGUACUCCUGUCUGUCCUGCUGUGUCUCCUGGCAUCUGGGUUGGUGGUUUUCUUCCUCUUUCCACAUUCAGUCCUUGUGGAUGACGACGGCAUCAAAGUGGUGAAAGUCACGUUUAAUAAGCAGGACUCCCUGGUGAUCCUCGCCAUCACGGCCACCCUGAAAAUCAGGAACUCCAACUUCUACUCUGUGGCCGUGACCAGCCUGUCCACCCAGGUUCAGUACAUGAACACCGUGGUUGGGGCAUACGUGACAGCAAAUGUCUCCCUUAUUCCACCUCGGAGCGAGCACCUGGUGAAUUUUACCGUGAAGGCUGAGAUGGGAGGACCGUAUUCCUAUGUGUACUUCUUCUGCACAUUGCCGGAUAUCCUGAUUCACAACAUAGUGAUCUUCAUGCGAACUUCAGUGAAGAUUUCAUACAUUGGCCAUGUGACCCAGAGCUCCUUGGAGACCCAUCACUAUGUGGAUUGUGGAGCAAAUUCUACAGCUGUUUAGAAAGUCCUCUUGGUUCUUCCAUGGCAGCACCUGUGAGGAGAAACACGGCCUCUGUUCCCCCUGGACCUGAGUUCCAUACCUAUCCCAGGUGGUAGAAGGAGAGGAGAAAUUGGUUCUUUUUAUCCCCAGCAAACAUCCUCCUACCACUUGGGAGGAAAACUCCUCUCUCUAGCACCAUUUCUGUUUCUGAGAACCAGCAGAAUCACUGCCCAGUGCCUGGCCAUAUGCCCAGCAAAUUAAUAGGCACUCCAAGAAGGUUUGAAGAAUGUAAUUCAGAUCUUUUCAGCUGUUCUUGGGCCGUUAUAAAUUGAAAUCAUACUGUGGUUCUAGGUUAUCAGACCACAGAGUGACAUGGAGACAGGACAGUUAGUGCAGCUCCAGAACUGUCUUCGGGGCCUCAUCUGCCCAGGAGAGGCAGUGGGGAGGGAACGUUUGAAUAUAUAGUAGAAGCAAGCACAGACCGUUCAGCCUAUGAAGUUUUUUCAUGUGUUCCCAAAUGCCUAGGAACUUUGAAAAAAAAAAGCAAACUUUUUCCUGUAGAGAGUUACACUUGUUUUUACCAAGAACCUUUAUGGGCUUUGAUUUACCCUUCAUCCAUUGGCUGGAACAUGGAUUGGGGAUUUGGUAGAAAAAUAAACCCUGCUUUUGAUUCA